AUGAAGCUCGGUACAGUUACGGAAGCGAUUGCGCUCGAAGCGAACGUGACGUGGUACAUCACGCUAAGCCACGUCAUCAUUAUCUGUAUUCGCUGGCGAGCGAAAAAAUUCGUUCAUUUCAAUACGGCAGGAUUCGGAAGCUGUUCGCCUGAACACGGUCUCUGUGGACUGCAGCAUUUCAAGUUCAUAAGUGCAUCGAUGUGGUUGGUAGCCUUUGCUGUGUUGGUCCUCAGUAGUGUAUGUGCUGAGGAGAAGUCGGAUGACAACGAUGCUACACCUCAGUUUGAGAUGGAAGAGGGUGUUUAUAUCUUACACGACAAAGAUUUUGACGAUUUUGUCGGUGAAAAUCCCACAUUUCUUGCGAAAUUCUAUGCCCCAUGGUGUGGUCACUGCAAGAAGCUGACUCCAGUAUAUGAGAAAGUAGCGGGAAAAGUGUCCAUCCCGUUGGCAAAAAUUGACGCCACAGUGGAAACCGAAUUGGCUAAGCGUUUCGAAAUUCAAGGAUAUCCAACAUUGAAGUUCUGGAAAGAUGGCGAGGGACCAAUUGAUUACGAAGGUGGAAGGCAAGAAGAAGAGAUCAUCGCAUGGAUCAACGAACGUACUGAUCCAAACUACAAGCCACCCCCGGAGGAGGUAGUGACACUGACUUCGGAGAACUUUGAUGAUUUUGUUGGCAACAGUGUUCUUACUCUCGUCGAAUUUUAUGCUCCAUGGUGCGGCCACUGCAAAAAGUUGGCUCCGGAAUACGAGAAAGCUGCCAAGAUGCUAAAAGCUCAGGGUAGCCAUAUCAAACUCGCAAAAGUGGACGCCACUGUAGAGAAAACUCUUGCCGAGAAAUAUGGCGUUUCUGGCUUUCCAACACUUAAGGUCAUGCGGAACGGAAGGAGAUUCGAAUAUAAAGGUCCACGCGAAGCUUAUGGAAUUGUCAAAUAUAUGACUGAACAAGCAUUGCCAGCGGCGAAAAAACUAGACGGAGUCUUUGAGGUGGAAAGGUUCAUGGUGAAGGAUGAUGUGACGAUUAUUGGGUUCUUUGCUACAGAAUCUUCUUCCGCUUUUGAGGCCUUCUCUGAUGCUGCGGAAAUGCUUCGCGAGGAGUUCAAAUCCAUGGGCUAUGUAUCGGAUCCGAAAGCUUUCAAAAAGUACGAUGCAAAACCGAAUGACAUCAUCAUCUUUUAUCCUUCUCUUUUCCAAAGCAAAUUCGAGCCUAAGAGCAGGACAUUCAACAAGGCAGGCGCUACUCCCGAAGAGCUGUUGUCGUUCUUUCGCGAUCAUUCUGCUCCUCUUGUCGGCAAGCGAACUAGAAGCAAUGUCGCUACCCGAUACUCUAAACUCCCACUUGUUGUCGUCUAUUACAAUGCAGAUUUUUCGCUGCAGUACCGAGAGGGUAGCGAAUACUGGCGUCAGAAAGUCCUUAAUAUCGCACAAAAGUAUCAAAAAGAUAAGUACAUCUUCGCGGUGUCUGACGAGGAGGAAUUCGCUGAGGAACUCGAAAGCGUCGGUUUAGCGGAUUCCGGACUAGAACACAACGUUAUUGUGUUUGGAUAUGAUGGCAAAAAGUAUCCGAUGGAUCCCAACGAAUUUGAUGAUGAGCUUGAAGAAAAUUUGGAAGGUUUUAUGAAGAAAAUCAGUGGUGGCAAGGCUAAAGCUUUCGUCAAAUCUGCUCCCCCACCUCGUGAUGAUAAGGGUCCUGUACGGACGCUGGUUGGAUCAAACUUUGAUAAGAUUGUUAACGAUGAAAGCAAGGAUGUGCUUAUUGAAUUCUAUGCUCCAUGGUGUGGUCAUUGCAAGGCUUUUGAGCCAAAGUACAAAGAGCUUGCAGCAAAUCUGAAGAAAACGCAACCAAAUCUGAUUAUAGCUAAAAUGGACGCUACCGCUAAUGAUGCUCCUUCUGCAUAUUCAGUUGGAGGAUUCCCUACCAUUUACUUUGCACCUAGCGGAAAGAAAUCAACUCCGAUUAAGUACGAAGGAAAUCGAGACUUGGACCACUUGACGAAAUUCAUGGAAAGCAACGCGGUGAAAUCAUUCCAGAAGAAGGAAGAACUAUAG